UGCUGUGACCAAGCCCCUCUCCGCUUGGCUCUGUCAAUCACAGGCCAAAACAAGAUGGCAGGCUACAGGAGCUGGCUCUACUUUAUAACAGUUUGUACUGUCACUUUUUUGGGGGCCAAUGCAGAGAUCAAAUUCACCAUUCCUGUGGGGAAGUUAUUUACGUACGAGCUGAUGAGAGAGACUUUCCAGAAUGACUUUGAACCUUUGUCCAAACUCUACGCGGGCCGCUUAAAUGAUGACCCUAUGAUUUUCAAGUGCAACCUGCAGAAUUUCCCAGACCUCCCAGAGUGGCUUCGCUUCACCCAGAGGCAUCCCUUUGAUAACGGCUUUCUCUACGGUACACCUACAUCUCCUGGAAAAAGUAUAAUUGAGAUUUACGCCAUCAACAAAAGGAGCUAUGAAACAGCCAGACACAUUCUGGUUAUUAAAAUCGUCCCAGAAAAGAUCCUACCCUACCAAGCAGAGUUCUUCAUCGAGCUGAGGGAGAUUGAGAAGGUGCUGCCCUCUUCUGUUCAGGAUGAGAUCCAAUCGGAUUUGCAGAAGCUCUGGGGCACAAAAGCCUUGGAAAUUGUCAAUAUCACUAAUGCUCUUGACCGCGGUGGCAGAGUUCCACUACCUCUCGCAGGACACUUUGAAGGUGUGUAUGUGAAGGUGGGAUCAGAGCAGUAUUUCUCAGAAUGUCUCCUAAGGGUUCUGACACCGGAACACACAAAGCAGUGCAGCGCAAAAGACAAAGGGGGAAAAGACAAGAUCUGGAGUGGCUGUUUGUUCUGCAACAUCCCCAGUAACUGCAUCACCUGGUGCAAGACUGAGCUGUUCGAUCUGUCAAAGGAGAAGCCGGCUCCACCUGCUCCCACUAUGGGCCCUGGGAUUCUGGAGGAUGUUAUGGAGUUCAACCCCCCUGAGUCUCCUCCGAGCAGAGACUAUUUCCCAGACUACAUCGUGACAGUGAUUGUGCCCCUGAUCCUGGCCAUCAUCCUGUGUCUGAUCCUGGGCUACGUCAUGUUUGGCCGACGAGAGGGAAUUGCGAAAAGGAAUGCAAGGACAAACCAGAUUCAGCUGCAUCACCACCACACCAUUCACGACAACACUGAUGAGCUGCGAGGCAUGGCUGCGAACCGUGGCGUACCUCCACCUCUGUCCACACUGCCCAUGUUCAACAGUCGAACAGGGGAGAGGGCGAUGCCUCUGCAGUCCGACAGUCCCAGCAUCCCCCUCAUCAUGGCCCAGCAUGAUCCCUACAGUGACACACUGCCCAGGUAAACCUACACAGUGAUGUUCAUCCCACCUUCACCUGCAACAUUUCAAGAAUACUACUCAGUAUUGCUGCAAAUAUUAAUGUAUUAUUGUCAAGGACUGAAACACUGUUGGCUCAUUUUGUUGUUUGUUUUUGCAGGAAGUAGGAAAUGCAAUGAAUAAAUGCCGUUAAUAUACUGAACAUUAUUUAUAAAACCAUUUGUUCUGGCAUUUUAUUGUUCGAAAUUUGCUGUGGAAGUGUCAUCACAAAUAAUUGCAUGUGGUUUCUUGAGUUGUUACCAAAAGUCUUUCACUAUUACUACAAAUAAAAACAUAAUUAUUUGAGUUUGUCUUUCUUUUUUUUUUUUUUUUUUAAACAACAAAAUCAAAAAAGAAAAUGCACUCGCCUGGUGUGUCGUGUCAGCCUGGUGGCAAUAAAUCUGUUCUAUUCUUGGUUCA